GGAAGACGAGGAGGAGGAGGAAGAGGAGGAAGAUCCCCCAGGCCGGGCUCUCAUGCCACGCUCCUCCCCGGUGCCCAGGCCUCAGCACCCCAGCGCCUCAGAGAGCUGCUGUUCUUCGUCAGAGGACGACGGGGAGGAGGAGGAGGAUGACGGGCACCACCACCAGCAGCACCCUUGCUCGGCCAGGCCACUCUCUCAGCAUCCCCCAGGCCUGCCUCCUGGGCCACUUUCCCAGCAUGCAGUGCAGGGCAGCCCAGGGCUCCCUUCCCAGCAUGCCCAAGGGCACCCUGGACCGUUUCCCCAACAUGCCCCUGCGGCCGCCACCCCGGUGGAGGAGCCCUCUCAGCACCCUGCGGGCCGGCACGUGCUGUUUGCCGACGCCUUGGGCCUGCCCUUGGCACGCUGGCGGCGCUACCAGCCUUGGCCGCCGCCUUCUUCUUCUCCAGAGUCCCCCCCUGAGGUGGUGCCCUCCUUGGCUUCCCUCCCUCCCUCCGCAGGUACCCCUUACCUUUUGCCAUCUUUUGUGCUGCAACCGGUGGGGCGAGAUGAGGACGAGAAGCUUGAGCGGCUGCGCCAGGCCAAGGUAGAAUUGGAAGAAGUUUUGCCACCUGAGCCCGGAGAGCCGCGAGGGCUUCGUGGCACGGUGCGCGUGCUCAACGUUUCGUACCACAAGGCGGUGCAUGUGCGGGCCAGCAGGGACCGGUGGCAAAGUUACCGGGAUUACCCCGCCCUCUAUAUUCCAGGGGGCUCGCCCGAUGGGGGCCUGACUGACCGCUUUGCCUUCCGCCUGGAGUUUGGCGACGAGGAUGAGGAAGAUGAGGAAGAAGGAGGAGCCCGGCUUGAUUUUGUGGUGCGCUAUCAGACUGAAGAAGGAGUUUACUGGGCCAAUAACCAGGGCAAGAAUUAUAGUGUGGUGCUGAAGGGGGCGGCGGCUGCCCACGUUCUACCCACGAGGUCUUCUAAAGAAGGUGAAUCCCGUCGGCUCAAGAGCUGUAUGAGGCCAGUCAAAAUCAGGUCAGGUGAAAAUGAGCUGCAAGUAGAAGACAUAACUCAGUAUAUUUAUUCUGAAGGUAAGUUGGUUGCUGGAUCUUCUUUGCCUGGCAUUUGAGGGCAAAGAAGAAAAUGUCACUGUGAUCAAUACAGACGAAGUAAAUAAUUCCAUUGAACAUUUGAAGAUGCCUGCAUUGGGACAGGAUGCUGGACUAAAUGAAGCCUUUGGGUUAGAUCCAGGAGAGCUUUAUUUUGUUGUAUCUACUAAACUGAGAAAAUACCUUCAAUUCUCCUUCUGGAGUUUUUUAAAAUUAGGAAUGUUACAACAGAUCA